AUGAGACUGACAAAUGAGACGGAGGUGACAGAAUUCCUCCUUCUGGGACUCUCUGAUGACCUACAUCACCAGCAGUUGCUCUUUGUGUUGUUCCUGGGUGUCUACUUGAUCACUGUGCUUGGAAAUCUGCUUCUCAUGUCCCUUGUUCAGGUUGACUCCCGACUUCACACACCCAUGUAUUUUUUUCUCUGCAACUUGUCUCUGGCUGACCUCUGUUUCUCUACCAACAUCAUUCCUCAGGCCCUAGUUCACCUGCUCUCCAGGAAGAAGUUCAUUUCAUUCACACGUUGUGCAGCUCAGCUUCUACUCUUCCUCAUUUUUGGGGGUACACAGUGUGCCCUUCUAGCAGUGAUGUCCUAUGACCGGUUUGUGGCCAUCUGCAACCCUUUGCAUUAUCCUAGUAUCAUGACCUGGAGGAUGUGUGUCCAGCUAGCCACAGGAUCAUGGACCAGCGGUAUUCUGGUAGCUGUGGUAGAUACCAGCUUCACACUGAGGCUGCCCUACCAAGGCAGCAAUGGCAUCGCUCAUUUCUUUUGUGAGGCACCUGCAAUGCUGAUCCUGGCAUCCACAGACACCCGUACUUCAGAGACAGCCAUUUUCCUCAUGGGGGUUGUGAUUCUCCUUGUACCUGUUUCCCUAAUUCUGGUAUCCUAUGGCCACGUCAUAGUGACUGUGGUGAGGAUGAAGUCAGCUGCAAGGAGCCUCAAGGCAUUCUCUACCUGUGUCUCCCACCUCAUUGUGGUCGUUCUUUUUUAUGGGUCAGCAAUUGUCACCUAUAUGACACCCAAGUCUUCCAAACAGGAGGCAAAACUAUUGUCUGUGUUCUAUGCAGUGAUGACUCCCAUGCUUAAUCCUCUCAUCUACAGCCUGAGAAACAAGGAUAUGAGGGGAGCUCUGAGGAAAGUAGCCACAGGGAAUUUUUCUUCUAGACCUAUUUUGCUGAGAAUUUUUUAUCAGGAAUGGAUAUUCACUUUUGUCAAAAGCUUUCUUUCUGCAUUUGUUGAGCUAAUCACCUGA